UAUUCUGGUGUUGGUUUUCAGUCAGCUUUCAUGCUGGUCCCAGGUUUUUCGUAUGGCUUUUAUUAGUUGCGUAAUUCAGUGCGAUUAAAUAUGGUGUCAAAAACCUGCGAGAUUCCGGCAUGAUUACUACUUGCAGUUGCGAUAUCGCCAAGUAUUGAGAUACAGUCUGGAAGAGUAAAGGUAAUAGCAAGCUAUUCCGGAAAUAACUAACGUCCAGUGGCGAUCAGCUAAGUAUGGAAAUAUUGGCUGGGCUGCAUACUGUGCGGGUUGCAGUUACAGUAAGGCAUAGCCUCAUUUCGAUUACCGACAAUAAUCGAACCAAAAUACCAGACCUUCAUAUCUGGAUACGUCUUCCCACAUCUUGAAACGUAAUUUGGAUUCAUAUCUUCCGUUCCUACGGAGGAGCACUGACCUUGUCGGAUCCGUGUCAAUUGAAAACUUGUCGGCAAUACCUAGCCCCUAUCAUAAACUACUAUGGAAUGGCUGUCGUCAAAGUGGGCACCGAGAUGGACUGUAUCGAAAUGGCUUCUCUUUGCCAGGCUAUUACAGGUGUCGGGUACUCUCAUAACUGCUGUAAUGAACGGGUUUCUUCUUGUAUACAUCCACGAUAAUCGACUCGGCCUUGCGACAAGCAUGUUUUGUCUAGAGAUGAUGAUUUGUGUCGCACUUAUCUACUCUGGCAUUGUACUAUUGAUGCAGCACUCUGGUAGCCGACAGAGAAGAUCUAGCACGAUAUUGUCUACCAUAUUCAUCGCUGGCGACGUGGUAUUCAAUGGAAUCAUGAUCGCUAUCAUAACAGUGCUCUCUCGCACAGGACUUCCAACAGAUUGCCAUGGGUUAACUCGAGACGAUAAGGAAAAGAACGACGCCCCCAACAACCCGCCUCCAGGGUAUGAUACGAUAAGAUUUGGCGAUGGAGAAAAUAUAAAAGGCCUACUUGAUAGAUACUGUUCCCUAGAACAAAGUUUCUAUUUUAUCACCGCAGCACUAAUAUUUACUUACAUGCUGACGACAACGUUGGGAGUAUUACGCAUUUUUGAACAGCGUUGGAAUCACGGCCAGAAAGAUCGCCUAUUUACGUCGGUAGAUGAUAUGCACCAACUUGAUCACAUAAGAUCGAAUAUUCAAAGCCCUAAUCCCGAGAGAGGCCCAGAUAAUGCGGCGCCGUCUAGCGAAGGGAUCUAUACGCCGACCGCUAGGGCUAUCCCGACAAUACAAACCCACAACUUCGGGUCUUCAGGCGAACUACACGAGGAUCGCGUAUUCAACGAGCAAAGGAGGACACUGCCACUUCCUGUCUCGCCCGUUUCCGUCGCUUCCCGAAUAUCUCAAGUGUCUCCCAUUUCACCAGUUAUACGCCAGCAUGGAAUAUUCCAUACGGCAUCCCAGGACGUGCCGGACACGUCCAUGGGCAGUUCAAUGAUGGGAAAUUCUUCGGACCUCGCAGCUGAGGCCAUGGUAACAGACGGGUAUCGGUAUAGAGUUCAACCAGAAAUACCGUCACUGCCUGCCUAUUCUCCAAGUCAGUCAAGGGGACAGUUUAUGGAUGGGCAUGGCGAUGAGUCGAACGAGAUACGUUUGAGUGACUAUGUCAAGGGCGAAACGCGGGCGCAAAACAUGAAGGACUCGGGACUGGACAUGUAGGGACAUGUCUUGGUGUGUACGUUUUAUAUCUGGCGGUAUAUGGGAUAUGUUGACGGAUGGCGGUCUAUUCUUUUCCAUUCCAUGAGCGACGGCGCAGGAGGAUCAGUCUAUUCUCGAUUUAGCGAAAAGUUUUUGUGUUGAUACAGUAAAUAUACUCGGUUUGACUUCUAUCUAACAUAGCUAAUUCAACAAACACCCUAUGGAAAUAUAACUAGUAGAUAGGUUAGACAUCCAUUCUAAUAUUGUAUGACUUGAUGUCUUCACUCUAGAUACAUCGUCGCUGUUUGUGUUCGUUCGUUCUAUUCCCCACUUAGCUACCCCAAGCCAGGGAAGCUCGGAAUCAUACCGACGGAGCGCAACGUUGUAUCAUAGUGGAGGCGAAGAGAUUCUUUGACGAUUCAACCCCGCAAUACAAUGAGAUCAUC